AUGGCGAUGGGUGCCGACAAAGGAAAACCGGCCGAUUUGGCCACUAAGUGGGGAAAAGGUCCCUGCUUAUCUCCUAGUGGCUUAUGGUUUAGAGGACCAGCUUUCUUGUGUUUGCCGGAAGACAAAUGGCCCAAUGAAGUGAAGCCGUCAAAACAGACGACGGAGGAAGAGUUGCGGUCAUGUCUCGUGCAUACGGAGACGACUGUGGAUUUGGUGAUCGACUGGGCGCGCUUCUCCAAUUGGACACGUUUACUACGUUCUGUGGCAUUUGCUCUCCGAUUUUCCCAAAAUCUACGGAAAAAGGUGAAGAAGCAGGCGACGACGGCUGGACCGUUGACACAGCAAGAGCUGGUGCUAGCGGAGCUGGUUAUAUUCCGCAUGGUGCAAAGCGAGCAAUAUUCCGACGAAGUAGCCGUCUUACACAAGGAGCGAAAUCAGCAGAUGAUGCCGAGUUCAGCAAGUUUGGAGCGUACGAGUAAGAUCCGAAAUUUGACGCCGUACAUAGACGACGACGGAGUGCUUCGGUCGGAAUCCAGAAUCUCCGCUGCGACGUUCGUGUCACAUGAUACCAGAUUUCCGAUAAUCCUUCCGAAGGAACACUUAGUGACCCGACUGCUACUACAAUGGUAUCAUCGGAGAUUCCUACACGCAAACGGGGAGACGGUAGUGAAUGAAGUGAGACAACGCUUCCAUGUGCCGGCCCUCCGUGCUCAGGUGCGCAAGGCGGCAAAAUCUUGUCAUGAGUGCAAAGUGAAGAAGGCGGUUCCAGAAGUUCCCCGAAUGGCUCCACUUCCUGCGGCGAGACUAAAACCGUACGAGCGUCCAUUUUCUUACGUGGGCCUCGACUACUUCGGACCGAUCGCAGUUCGGGUAAACAGGAGCACGGUGAAGAGAUGGAUAGCAUUGUUUACUUGCCUUACCACGCGUGCCGUUCAUCUGGAGAUAGCCCAUUCGCUUUCUACCGAGUCUUGCAAGCAAGCUGUGCGACGGUUUAUCGGUCGCAGGGGCUCGCCAGUAGAGAUCCGCAGCGAUAGAGGAACGAACUUUGUGGGGGCGAAUAAUGAACUGCGUAAGGAGAUGUCCGCGAUGAACGGGCGGCUUGCCGAAACGUUUACGAACACGACUACACGCUGGGUGUUCAAUCCGCCGGCUGCGCCACACAUGGGUGGUUCUUGGGAACGAUUGGUUAGGUCUGUUAAAACGGCGAUGGCAGCAAUCAAAACUAGUGAAAUCCCGAAGGAAGAGGCGUUAGCUACAUUUGCCGUAGAGGCCGAGAGCGUUGUUAAUUCCAGGCCACUGACGUUUAUUCCUUUGGAAAGCGAACAGCAGGAGGCCCUUACGCCGAACCAUUUUAUCCUGUUGAGUUCUACUGGAGUGGUGCAACCACCGAAGAUGCCGGAAGAUCCAAGGAUGGUCAGCAGAGCAGACUGGCAACUCUGCCGGUCCAUGGUAGACCAGUUUUGGAGAAGAUGGAUACGGAAGUACCUGCCGACUAUUGCACGGCGGACCAAGUGGUUUGAAGAAGUGAAGCCGAUAGGAGUAGGGGAUUUAGUGAUCUGGAGGUCAGCGAAGGACGUGAUGGAAGAGUACGUGACGCUGUAG